UGCGGCGACACUGUUCACGCGAACAUGGCGGCGCCAUCGGGCGAAGGCGAUGUGGGCAACACCAAUGACCAAAUACUACAAGUAGGAACAGCGCUACUAAAAGACUUUAUCUAUGAGCGGAUUCAUCGUCAUGGGGACAGCAGCGCCAUGGUUACCAGAAGUCAGCUGGAUGGGACUGAGUUAUGCGACCCCAGCCAUAAGAGACUUGCACAGUGUCUGCAGCAGAUUGGUGAUGAGCUGGACAACAACGUGCAGCUGCAGAGUAUGAUAAACGACUCUGCGCUACAGCCCACGAAAGACGUGUUCAUGAAAGUCGCCUUUGAAAUCUUCUCGGAUGGGAAGUUUAACUGGGGUAGAGUGGUGGCACUUUUCUACUUCGCUUGUCGGCUUGUCAUCAAGGCUCUUGUAACCAGAGUUCCUGACAUUAUCCGAACCAUCAUCACCUGGACUACUGACUACUUGCGUGAUAAUGUGAUUAAUUGGAUCAGGGAACAGGGAGGCUGGGAAGGAAUCCGCUCCUACUUCGGUACGCCUACCUGGCAGACUGUUGGCGUUUUUCUGGCUGGAGUUCUCACCACUGUACUGGUCAUUCGCAAGAUGUGAAGAAGAGAUGGAGAGAAGGAAAACACAGAGGGAGAGAGGGAGCGUACAGUGAAACUGCUCGGGUCUGUUGUCCUUUUAUAUCCAACAUACUC